GAUUUUCGACACCUGGAUCAUAAAUGGAACGCCAUUUUUUCUUAGACUUGGGGUCUGAAGAUGCAACCAAUAUACGUUCUGAAUUGUUUCAAGUUAUGUUUACUAUUACUACUUUGCACGGCAGAUUCAUCGCCCGAUUCUAUUUCCGGUUCAAAUGAGGGAAAUAUUAUGAGACUUGAUGCAGAAGACAAUAGGGAGCCAGAUGAUGAUGCAGUCGGAAUUGAUGAUGUGGUUUCAAACGAAGCAGUCGCUGAUGAAACUAGGAACGCAGACACAAUAGAUGAACCUGUAGAAGAUGAUGAUCAAGGCAAUAAUGAACCGAUUGAUGAUGAAAACGAAAAUAAUUUACAAGGUGAUACUCAAGACGCCAACGAACAAAUAGAUGGAGUUGAUGCACAAGGUGAUGAUCCAGAUGACAAUAACCCAAUUGAUGAAGAAGAAACAGAACAUGAGGGACAAAAUGACGAGCCAGGUGAAGGUGAAGAAUCACUUAACACGGGCGUGCAAGAUAAUGAUGUACCACUUGGGGAACAGGCUAACACGUUUAAAAAUGUAGAUCAGAUAUCAGCUUUCAAAUUAAACAAGGUUGAAAUAGAAAAGUUUAAAAUAUGGCCGGAAGCUAAAGUACCGUACUUCAUCGACGAGUUUUCUUAUGACAAAGUUCUUCGAGACAAAAUCCGCAGCUAUCUGGACUACGCGCAACGUCGUACAUAUAUACAUUUUCACGAGCUCACUGAGCCGCCGAAGGACGAAAAUGAAAGAUGGGUAUUUUUCGUCAAUCGAAGAGGACAAUUAGACUGCAAGGACUAUUCCACUAAAUCCUUCACAAAUAGUGGCGUCCAGAAAGUGACAGUUGGCUACGAUUGCCUCAGACACGGGGGAAAGAUGGCGGCAAUAGUUCUGGCGUUGUUGGGCGUGCCACCUCAACACAACUCGCCGGAUCGUGGUAACUCUAUUACCAUUUACGGGAGCAAUAUUAUGCCAGAAAAGUCGGGUUUAUUCAAGUUGUUAACAAAUGACGAAUGGCUGUUCCAUGAUUUUGAUUAUGACUAUGAUAGUGCAGGCCACUACCCGGCACAUAAAUAUACUGCAAAUGGAGACAGAACUAUAGAUAUUAGGAGUGAUAAAUAUAGGACAGGUUUCCCAUCUUUUGACAAUAUUAUUAACACUGAAGAACCAAAAGAUUACAGUCCAGGUGAUAUAAAUAAAAUAGCAUCGCUUUAUAAUAACAUUAUAUUCAAAGCUAAAAAGGCCCUCAAACUUGAAGACUGCAAAGCUUUAUAUCGACCAGGGCCCGGAUUUGGAAAUACCAGACUGACACAGCUAAAAGAAAUACCUGAAAGACCAAAACCGAAACAGUAUCUCUCUGCGGUUAAAAAGUUAUAUGCAUAUCUGGACUUUUAUGGUGAAACACUUAGUUCACUAGAAGAUAAAUAAGUGCAUUUGCAGGAGCUUAUACCUAAUACCUAUUUGAAAAGAAACCAAAAUAAUAAACGCUUAAAACUGAAAACAAUGAACAUCGAAAACUUUCUAAACCCAUUUAAAAUCAUAAUUUGUGACCGUCUAUCGCGAAUUUAUUUUGUUCUACAAUGUGGGGCACGUGACGAAAUAAUUUAUAUACCUACGUGAGAUGAGGCUUUAAAUUAAAAAAAAUCAAAAUUUACACUUACUCGUAACAAGAAAAAAAAUCUAAAAUUUAAAAACUUUUAUGUCUACCUUCAACUUUUUCAUGCACUUCCGACGGGUAGUUAUUCGUAUGUCUGUUUUGACAUUUAUAAUAAAUUCGCGAUAUACCUGUGGCGGGCACGGAUUCGCGCACUCGCGCAGGCCUGUGUCGGCAAGGAAAUUGUCGAUUUCUUUUGUUUAGAUUUUAAUUUUAGUAUAUAAAAUUCUACUAGGGAAUAAAUUAAAAUAUUUUAUUAAAUAUUAUUUGAUUA